AUUAGAAAAGGAGAGAUUUACACAAAGUGUGUUGUCGAUUUCUUGGCUUAAUGUCGUUAAAAGUUUAAAAUGAAGCAGCAAAGAGAUGUGGUGUGUUUGAAGAUGUUUCUGGCAUAUAAUUUGGGUUGUAAACUCAGUAACAGGGAACAUGUAAACAAGACUGGUAAUGUGUGAUUUCGGCGUAGUCUUCACAUUUAUGACUCUAGAUGUCAAGAGUAAGAUACAUUAGCUUAUUAAUAUACCUAUAUGUUUUCAAAGUGAGCUUCCUCAAUCUGUUAACCUGCAUUUUCUAGCUCAUUAGUGUACGUUUGACAGAAGCAGCUUCAUAUCUUUCCAAUCAUCCAAUGAGAGAGCAGAUAUUUCUGACAGACGCACGGUUUAACCAAUCAUCAGCUCCAAAACAUGAAGAAUGCGGAAGUAGCGCUCUCCCUUCACAUCGAGCUCUGAAGGAGCUUCAUACAUGCUGCUAAAACACCGGGUCAGUUUUAGUCAAACUUACCGGAGAACUAGCUUCCUCAGACAUGUCGCUGCUCCGGUUCAGUCUGUGGAUAAAACAAGAAUCAACAGCGAGUUUUUCGCAACACAGGCUCCAUUAAAAACACGAUAAAGUAGAAAAGAAUGACAGAUCUCCUGAAACUAGCUCCACUACGAAUCAAUGAAGGAUGAACCCGUGACGUCAACUGACCGACUGGAGGUCGUUUCCGGGUUCCUUCUGUGAGCCUACUCUUCCGGGUAGAGAGCAGAGAGUUUCCCUUGGCCCAGAACCUUAAAAUCACAGGGAAACAUCUUGAUGGGUUAUGUCAGUGCGGGACGCCCGAAUGUACUCUUCUCUUGUAUAAGGUAUGGGCAUGAAAGGCGGAUUCUGUACAGAGAAUUGUCGGACCUGGAGGUGUCUCCCUUUUCCUGUAGAACCAUAUUUGCCGCUGGUGCGCAGUCUCCGCUAGUUUGUCGGGCGGUGCAACGGUUCUUAAAAUCAACUGGCUGUAUGACAGACUGUAAGUAGGUGCUAUACCUAGCCUGUGGAGGGCAGCAUUACACUCCCCAGUGUACAGCCUGCCGGAAUCCCAUUAGAAGAAGAAGAACGUUUCCUGGUGGAAGUGAAAUAAGGACACAGAUCUGAGUGUUUUUCUCUGGAAAUGUUGAUGCAUAAUCUACCAGGUGGCAGUCAAGCCCUCUAUCCACAUUCAAAAGCUCCUGUGACUACAAUAACUCCAGACCAUACAGAGAUUUUUGGACAAAAACAACGACCUGCUCUUCAGGAACUUUAAAGGAGGUGUGUCUGGGUGGAUUCCUGUUUUGGGUCCUGUUUAACCGAUGUCCCAUCUGAGGCUCAUUGCAGUCAGUCAUGGAUCCUCCAGCGAUUCGGGUGUGGACGUGGGCGCAUCUUUGGGCCUUCUUGAGCUGGGUGUGCGUCGCUCAAGCAGAGCCAGGACCGCAUUAUAUGGUGGCCAUCCCUGCAGUUCUUGAAGCUGGAGCUGAAACCCUUUUCUGUGCCAGUCUCCUGGAGCACAACGAGACUCUGGCCAUGACCGUCACUCUGAUGUCCCAAAAGGAGAAUAUGACCCUGAUGGAGGAUGAAUCCAGUCAGGACUUUCACACCUGCUUUAACUUCACGGUCCCGUACAGGUGGUAUGAAGUGGCAAAGCUGGAGGUGAAGGUCAAAGGACAGACGUUUUCCUCCAAAGAAGUCAUAAAAGUCCUGAUCAGAGCCUACCAACCAAUGACGUUCAUCCAAACAGAUAAACUGAUCUACCUUCCUGGACAAACAGUGAAUUUCAGAGUCGUCUCAAUCGACAACAAGUUCAGACCUGUCAGCCGGCUGUACACCACGAUCCACGUUCAGGACCCGAAACGCAACAUGAUUGGACAAUGGCUGAAUGAAACAUCUGAUGGUAGAAUAUUGCAGCUGUAUCACUCUCUGAACUCUGAGGCCAGUGAAGGAAUGUACCGUGUCAUCGUGAUGAUUGGAGUAGAGAGAAUUGAGCGCACCUUUAAGGUGGAGAAAUACGUUUUGCCUAAAUUUGACAUAAAGAUCGAAUCAUCUGAUGAAGUUAGUAUUGGGCAGGAAGAAAUCAGAGCUGAAGUGUGCGCAAAGUAUACGUAUGGACAGCCUGUGCUUGGGAAUAUCAUAUCCAAGCUGUGCCGACCAUUUUCUCAGUAUUAUCGGAGCAGUGAUACCAAGGAGACGACAGCUCCAUGUUUUGUAGAGACAAAGAAGGCAGACAAAUUGGGCUGUGCCACUUUACUCUACAAGAUGUCCGAUUUCAGAGUGCUUGAUCGAUAUGAUUUUCAACAAUCCCUCACACUCAGUGUCAAAGUGGAGGAGGAGGGAACAGGAACAACACAUGAACAAGAGAAGAGCAUCAAGAUUUCAGAUGUUAUUGCAAAGCUGAGCUUUAUUGACACACCAAAGCUCUACAAGCAGGGGUCAGAGGUCAUGGGAAAAGUCAAAGCCGUUCAUUACAACAACACACCCAUUCCUGACAUGUCCCUGUACCUGUUCGAGGGUUUUAGGAGGCAACUACGUGAGAUCCACUAUCUUACAACUGACAGCGAAGGUGUGGCAGCUUUCACAUACAACCCGGGUGAUGCUGAUGAAGACAUCGAUCUUCUUGUGAAGGACAAACAGGAUAGUUUAAUAAGUCCCAAUUCUCUACAAGCUGGAUACGUAAAGUCCAGUGUUCACAAGUUGACUCUGAGCCAAGACUCCUCUACAGACAGUAAAACAGUCUGCUCUGUUGAAGUGCAGAAAAAAGAUCAACCAAUUCCCUGUGACACAGAAGAAGACAUUUCCAUCAAGUACACCGUAUUCGCAGAGAAGCAGGGCUCUGCAAAUGUGAUUUAUGUGGUCUUAUCCAGAGGAGCUAUCGUCAAGCAAGGAUUCAACAAGAUCGAAGUGCCAGAUGAAACAGUGAUCAAGGGCCAGAUGUCCUUUAAGCUGAGAGUGUCUCCAGAGAUAGCCCCAGUCAUCCAGGUGGUGGUGUACGCUGUCCUCCCCAGUGGGAGGGUGAUCGCCCACAGUGCUGAGUUCCCCACGGAGAAAUGCUUCGGCAACAAGGUGUCUCUGGAGUUUUCUCUGUCCGCAGUUGUCCCCGGAGAGGAAAACACCCUGAAGGUGACGGCCCAGCCUGACUCUCUGUGUGGUCUGAGCAUUGUCGACCAGAGUGUCCUCAUCAAGGAGCCGGGGAAAACUCUGAAUGCAGAAAAGAUAUUCAACUUGUUGCCUGUCACAAAAACAACUUCUAUUCCUCACGCAGCUGAAGAUCAACAGGAAUGCUUGGAUGUGAGACAUAAGAAGUAUGCCAUCAUGUCUGGUGAUGACAACAUGAAAGAUGCUUACGAUGUUUUAAAGGAUGUCGGAUUGAAGAUGGCAACGAACUUGAAUAUCAGAACUCCCACAUGUAUACUAUAUGGAGGGAGGAAAUACACACAAUACAAACACCGGCAUGAAGAAUAUUUCGGGUUUUCUGCAUUUACUGAUGAUCUACUGGAAUCGGACUCAUUUGAGGAUUCUGAAAUGGAUUUUCUGGCAACUUUGCCAGAAGAGACAGUCCGCACUUUCUUCCCAGAGACCUGGCUGUGGGACCUGGUAGAAACUGGAGCGUCUGGAACAAAAGUCGUCCCCCUCACCGUCCCUGACACCAUCACCACCUGGGAGACGGAGGCUUUCUGUUUGUCCCCUCAAGGUUUCGUCUUGGCUCCCCGAGAGAAGCUCACCGUCUUCCAGCCCUUCUUCCUGGAGCUCAGCCUGCCGUACUCCAUCAUCCGAGGGGAGAACUUUGAGCUAAAGGCAACUGUCUUCAACUACCUGUCCAGCUGCAUCAUGGUCACUGCCACCCCAGACGCCUCCUUGGAUUUCACACUCACCCCAAACCCUGAAGACGAGUACACAACCUGUCUGUGUGGCAAUGAACGCAAGACCUUCAGAUGGAUCCUGACCCCUUCAACCGUAGGGGAUGUGACGGUGUCUGUGUCUGCUGAAGCCGUGACCUCCCAUGUCUCAUGUGACAACAAGAUGGUGGGCGUGCCAGAGAGAGGUCGUAAAGACACGGUUAUAAGAAAUCUCAAAGUAAAGGCUGAAGGGAUCGAGAAGACCGUGACCUCUAGCUGGCUUCUCUGUCCUCAAGACGAGACUUUGGCAGUGGAAACAGAAAUUCUUCUCCCUGCUGAUGUGAUUGAGGGAUCUAGCCGUGCUCUUGUUUCAGUCCUGGGUGACAUCCUGGGCCGAGCUCUGAACAACCUGGGCGGGCUGCUGCGGAUGCCGUACGGGUGUGGCGAGCAGAACAUGGCGCUCCUGGCCCCCAACAUCUACAUCCUCCAAUACUUGAGAGACACAAACCAGCUGACGCCAGCCACCAGAGAGAAGGGCGCCAACUUUCUGGCCAGUGGUUCCCAGAGACAGCUGAACUACAAACACUCCGACGGGGCUUACAGCGCAUUUGGAACAGGCUUAGGACACACCUGGCUGUCGGCCUUUGUGAUGAGAUCUUUCCAUCAGGCACGACAAUUUGUCUUCAUUGACCCAAGCGUGACUGAUGGAGUUGUGACAUGGCUGAAAUCUAAACAACAGAGCAAUGGCAGCUAUACUCAGCAGGGAAAACUCUUCCACAACGAGAUGAAGGGCGGUGUUUCUGAUGAGGUGACUAUCACUGCGUACGUCACAGCUGCCUUCCUGGAGAUGAAUCCGACUGUUACCGAUUUGGUCUCUAAGAGCCUCUCUUACCUGAAGCAGACCCACAGUGACCUCAGCAACACAUACGCCACAGCUCUGCAGGCGUACGUCUUCUCUCUGGCCAGAGACAUGGAGACCCGCGCCUUACUUUUGACUCACCUAAACAACGUGGCAUUAAAACAAGGAGAUUUCAUCCACUGGUCUCAGACAGGGACGGACUCCUCCAGCUCUUUGUGUGUGGAGAUCAGCUCUUAUGUGCUGCUGUCCGUACUCAGUGUCUCUCCUUCUGCUGAAGAACUGGGAUUCGCCAGCAGCAUUGUCAGAUGGCUGACCACCCAGCAGAACUACUACGGAGGCUUCUCCUCCACACAGGACACAGUGGUGGCUCUUCAGGCUCUGGCUCUCUACUCCACUCAUGUGUUCAGUCCAGAAGGUUCAAGCGCUGUGACGGUCCAGUCUCCCAGCAGUCAGCUGGAUUUCACAGUGAGCCAGGAGAACAAGCUGCUCUACCAGGAGCAGCUGCUGAAGGACGUGACAGGAAGGUACAAAGUGGAAGUAACGGGAUCGAUGUGUGCAUCAGUGCAGAUUUCUCAUCACUUCAACACCCCGCCUCCGACCGUGGACAACACCCUCAGUGUAGAGGUUGACACAAAGGCUAACUGCAGCGUCUCACCCAACAAAUUCUCCAUGACUCUGGACAUAAAGUGCCUAUACAAUGGGGAGAGGAAUUUUUCCAACAUGGCGAUCCUGGAUGUCAAAAUGCUCUCUGGAUUUGUCCCACACCCGGAGUCUCUGAAGAAGCUCAAGAAUGAAAAAUUUGUGGAGCGUGUUGAACAAAAAGGAGACCACGUUCUGGUGUACAUCAAAGAGUUAUCAAAGGACGAACCCAUCUCCUACUCGUUAGAGCUCACACGGAAGUUCCCAGUAAAGUACCUUAAAGCAGCUGUGAUCAAACUCUAUGACUACUACCAGCCAAGUGAUUUGGAUCAUGCACAAUACAUCUACCCGUGUCUUGUAACGAUCUUUAAUAACCGACAGAAUGGAAGGAAAAUGGAAGAAGACUGUGACUCUUUGCUGUAAAUAAUUCAGUUUUCUUGUUUCUUCUGCAGCGUGAACUUUGCAGCGUGUCCGUCUGUGAUUUCUCUAUGAUUGAUGUUGAAGUUUACUCAAAGUUUCUCUGAACAUGCAGAAACAGACAACAUCCCUUGCAGCUUUGUACGUCUGAUAGAUGAACCAGUUCUCAACGAAGAAUCAAAUAAAGAAACCUGGACACCUAAAAA